AUAGUGAUUACUUCAUUAAUUGUCCCGCCUUUAUCUCCACCCUUCCCAUCCCCCCUAAUAAUCAGCCCUUUUAUCCAGACCAACAAACACACCAUAGGAGCUUUGUGGAUUCAAAGGAUUUGCUUCCCCCUCUCAAAGAGCCGCUAUUCUUUGAUGAUUGGGCAGCGGCAAACUUCAAAGUAAUAAAUCUUACUCCUGACUGGCUGGCGGCCCACCAAAGUCCUUAUCAAAUCCUAAGAAGUGAUCCUUCAGUCCUCAGAUAGUCCAAGGAUAUCUUGAGGAGAGGAAGCGCCGAGGCUACACUUUUCCAUGAGAAGACGCUUUUUGUGUCAUUUUAGCAGCGCUCUGAAACCCUCUGGUUUGAGACUGUGGGGAAGAGAGGAAGGAGAAAGUUUGCCAUGGCAGCAGUGGCUGUGCUGAGAAACGACACUCUCCAGGCAUUUCUGCAGGACCGUACUCCGAACUCCUCGCCGGAAAACAGCAAGCAUUCCCCUCUGGCACUCUUAGCAGCUACGUGUAACCGGAUCGGCCACCACCACGGCUCCAACCCGGCGGAGUUCCUCCAAGUCCCGUACGAAACCACGCUCGGGUCCCCGUCGCGGAUUUUCCACCCAUGGAGUAACGAGGCGAACCCCCCGUCUAACUCCUCGUUCGGACUAUCCUCCAAACCGCAGCUCACGGCGCACCUGCAGGGAUCCUACACGUCCCACCAUGAGCUGCCGCUGACCCCACCGGCCGACCCCACGUACCCGUACGACUUCUCCCCGGUCAAGAUGCUGCCGUGCUCCAUGCAGUCCACCUGCCCGCCCACCUACGUCCCCGCCGUCACGUACGCGGCGCCCACCCCGAUCCCGCCCGCCAUGCCUGGCUUCGUGGCGGGACACUCGGGCCUGGUCCACCAGCAGCAGAGGCAGCUGUCCCCCAACCCCGGGGAGGACAUCCCCUGGUGGAGCCUCCAGCAGGGCAACCCAGUGAGCCACCCGUCGUCGCUCGCGCCUCACCGCUUCCCCAUCCAGAGGAGCCUGGUGUUGGGGCACACGGACUUUGCGCAGUACCAGAGCCAAAUCGCUGCGCUCCUGCACACCAAAUCCCCUCUGGCCACGGCCCGCCGCUGCCGCCGCUGCCGCUGCCCCAACUGCCAGUCCUCCAGCGGCUCCAACGAGGAGCCCGGCAAGAAGAAGCAGCACGUGUGCCACAUCCCGGGCUGCGGCAAGGUCUACGGCAAAACGUCACACCUGAAGGCGCACCUGCGCUGGCACUCGGGCGAAAGGCCGUUCGUGUGCAACUGGCUCUUCUGUGGCAAGAGCUUCACGCGCUCGGACGAGCUGCAGAGGCACCUCAGGACACACACUGGCGAGAAGAGGUUCGUGUGUCCGGACUGCUGCAAGAGGUUCAUGAGGAGCGACCACCUGGCCAAGCACGUAAAGACGCAUCAGAACAAGAAGGGCAAACCUCACGAAAAGCCCGCCGAGCACCACGUUAAACGGGAGGACACGAGACACCUAUAAGGAGAGCGCGGAGACCGCAGACUGUAGUGCAAUACACAGCGAGCUUGAUGGAGCCGAGCACACGCUGGCUGGUCUGUCAUGCGGACGUCUGGAACUUCCUUGAGAAACUGAGGAGUUGAUUUCUUCCCGAGGCUCAAAGAGAUGCGCCACCUUGGAAGUUACCGUUUUCGUUCUUUUUCUGGACUUGUAAAUAUGAUUUUCAAGUCAGUUUCAGUUCUCAUAGGGACUCUGAAGAACCUUUCACAUCCCUGUGCAGCCCAAACCACUAACAAGUUUUGAACUUGUGUUAAGAUCUUUGUCUUCGGUGGAAGAUCUCGCAUUGUUGUAAAUAUAUAUUUAAUAGCUUUUGUUGAAGGAAAGUGUCAGUUUUCGCUCCUUGUGGGGUGUUUUAGCAUGCUAUUGAGAACAAACUGUUAAAUAAAUUGCUGUGUGAAAAAUAAAGAGUAUUACUUGUUCAUCCACUUAAAAGUUGAGUAGUAGGUGUUUUCCAAUCAGGUGGUGAGUAGGAUUUCACACAAAGUGAGAAAAAAUAAAUGAAAUCUUUACUGGCUUGGAUAGUUUACGCUUACGUCUAUAAACUCAGAAAAAAAGGUGUGGAACUGUCACUGGGGUGGUAACCUCAAAGGUACAUCUCAGUACCUUUAGUCAGGGAGCAUAAUUGUACUAUAAUCUAUUGAAAUCAUGUUUUCUAAGUUGUAUUGACUCCACACCCCGUCUCGUCUCCAGGCUUUUUAUUUCACUGUUCUGUUUUAAAACAUUAUGAAAAGUACAAAUACGUACUUUUCAAUGAGGGAAAACUUUUCAUUCAGGGAACACAAUUGGACCUUAAAACCAUUGUUGUACCUUUGAGGAUACAUUGUUUGUACCUUGAAGAACGAAAAAUACACCUGUACAGAACCCCUAUUUCUACCAAUGGGGGAAACUGUUUUGAAAAGCGUAGAUGUCAAACUGAGGCAACCUUGUUUGUUAGGAUGUCACGCAAGUUAGCGUUUAGGUAUUUAUGAUUUUACUGUCUCUAAUGUGGUUGUUGUUUUAUGAUGUGGCUGCCUGACUGCUGACAGUAGAACUUUGGACAAGUUUACAGCAAAGCUUUAAAGCAUUGUGUAAGUAGAUUAAAUGAAUAACUGACAUUGUUAAAAGUAAUUUAACUGCUGAAACCUUUUAACAUAAAAUGCACUUACGGGACUGAAAUAUAUUUCAUGA